AGUAUCAUCUUUUUGACGCCUCUGACAUUGGAACUUUGGGUAAUCAGCCUUUUGUCCUUUUUCAUUAUUGGCCUUGUCGUAUGGGUUCUUGAACACAGAGUAAACCCUGACUUUGAUGGGUCUGUCAAGUAUCAGAUCAGUACUAUAUUCUGGUUUUCUUUCUCCAUUAUAGCAUUCGCACCAAGUAUGUCACUUUCUUCACAUUUUCUUUUUUUCGAAUACUUUAGUGCUGCACCUAGCUAUUUCCAGUAUUGCUUACAUGAAUGACAUGACAAUCCAUCUACAGGAGAAAGAGUGCUUAGCUUCUGGGCAAGGCUCGUUGUCAUCAUUUGGUACUUCUUAGUACUUGUGUUGACUCAAAGUUACACUGCUAGUUUGUCGUCGCUUCUUACAUCACAACAACUUGAUUCAACAAUAACCAGCAUGAAUAGCUUGCUGGCAAAAGGAGAACCUGUAGGAUAUCAACUGAGUUCCUUCCUUUUGGGAAGAUGUUGGGUCCCUCCUAGAUGGAGAGAACCAAGUGGGCAUGAGACAUAAUAAUAAUUCUCAUGACCCUUUGCACUGUAGACUCACAAUAAUAGAGUUUAGAGAGAGAGACAAAAGAGAAAAAGAAGAGAGAAGGAGGAGAAAACUCGUCAGGCUAUUUCAAGACUGGUUUUGGAGGAUCAAACGGAACUUGAUCGGGCUGAUAUUUUGUGGGAAGCUUCUUCAGUCAGUGGGUUAGAGAUUCACCGAAGGGAUUUGGAUUUCAACGGUUGGAUCUUCUGUUGUCUGGGUUUUAGUGAAGCUGGUCGUCACAGUUCUUCAGCGGGACAGUCUUGGGUGUUUGGUAAAUCCAACGGUGAGAUCUUCUCUUCUUGAGCUGAAAUUUGGCAGAGGUAUUGUCGACUUGUUUAUCUUGGAUUUGUACGGUUAGAUUAGUUUCUGGAAGCCGGAAUCUUUGUGAGCUGAGGUCGUUUGGUUGCUGCCGGUUUUGAAGUUUUGUGUUGCUCUCUUGUUGUUGUUGUUUGUGUUGGAGAUAGCUAUUUGUAGCUAGACUCUCUGUUCUGUUCAGGCUGUUGAACAGGGAGGACGUGGUUGUACUCAUACCAUUUAUAUAGUGGAUUUUUGAGUGGACUACGGUCCCGUGGUUUUUCCUUCUCACAUCGAGGAGGUUUUCCACGUAAAAAGUGUGUGUCUCAUUUAGUUAUCGCAACUUUGAUAUCUUGCCAUCGUCGAAGUAUUUUCCUCACAGGUUCGCACAAGGUCAGGGGAACACGACCGUGACAUUCCGCUGCGCCGUGUGUCUUUCCCCAACAGAAGACUCCAGGAAUCAGGUUUCUCAGAUGCUAAUCUUGUAACCUAUGGGUCUGCCGAAAACUGUGACGACCUACUGAGCAAAGGACCCCAAAAAGGUGGUAUUUCUGCAGCUUUCAUGGAAGUGCCGUACGUGAAACUCUUUCUCGGACAAUACUGUAACAAGUAUAAAAUGGUUGAAACGCCAUUCAAGUUUAAUGGAUUAGGCUUCGUCUUUCCCAUUGGAUCCCCUCUAGUCGCUGAUGUCUCAAGGGCCAUUCUACAAGUGCAAGAGUCCAACAAGCGGCUUCCACUACGUUUCACGCGGGUGAAUGGCAUCAACAAAGCAGGGAAGAAGAUAACUCUGAUGGGUCAAGACGGAGUAAACUGGAUGGUGCUUCUUACGAAUGAAAACGAACGUGGAAGAAUGAGACUAGGAAGAGGCUGGAAAGGAUUUUGUGAAGCUCAUGGUGUAAAGAUAGGAGAUUCCUUUGUUUUGGAACUCAUGCGAGAGAAAGAUUCAAGUCAUGUGCUUAAGUUCUGCACCAAAUUAAAUUGUGUGUGAAGCUGUUGUUCUAAAACAUGUAAGCUUAGUUCACUUUUGUACACUCUUUUAUGUCUGCUUUAUCUGAAUCUGCUUUGGUUCCCUCUUUUGUACCACUUGUAAACUUAAUUGGAUAAGACAAUGAGGCUGGUGAAUGAAAGUUAUGUCAAGUUCCAAGCCUCUAAGAGCAUGA